UAGUCGCAGAUAGCUCAACGAGCCCGCGAACUUGGUUUGCGUAUUUCGUAUUUCGAAAAUAUUUUUUUUUAAAACAAUCAAUACAUAGUUAUUGUCUGUGUUGUGAAUGUUUGUGACAACAAUUUUAGUUAAUGUAUGUUUUAAAUAUAUUUUCACGAUCAGUGUUAAUGAAAUAUUAAUUUAAAUGAUUUAAUUAACUUAAAGGUGAAUCGUUACUGACAAAAUAGUUGUGAUAUUUAUUUAAACCAAAUAAGUGAUUAACAUUGGACAAGCUUUUAAAAAAAUCAGUUAUGGAUUGCAACAAAAUGACGCAGAGGAAUCGGCAGUUCACAACAAUGCAUCGAGAAAGAGUCACCUAAUAUGAACAAUGGAAUAAACCUGGAUAUAAUGAAUUUUACUUACCUAUUGGAUCCGGUCCUAGAAGAUUUGAAAUGUCAGAUAACAUCUGGCACGAGUUGUGCGAACGAAACAAAUGCCAUUGGUUUUGAAUGCUCUAACUACGGGAGUUCUGUAGACUAUACGUGCCAAUUGAAUUUGGAUAUUCAAAAUGAGACAUCAUACACUUGCUUCAAAUGCACGAACAGUUCCCUGGAUUCUUACAGCAACUAUACUAUGUGCAACUCUCGAUUCAAGUUAAAUAUGAUAGGGACUUUAUACGAGAGUGCUAUAAAGAAUUUGUGGUUGAAAAUACCCGAUUUGGACUUGUGCGAUUGGAAUACGUUGUCGUGUUUUACUGACAUCAAUCGAACGCUAUACAUUGACGCUUUUAAUAGUUUUAAUAGUAACGGAUUCAAUGAAACGUUUCAGUGUAAGUGGGACAUGAGAAAUGAUACGCAGAAUUUUGUAAGUGUAGAGUACGAUUGGAGUUUUUUGUUUGUGAUACUGUUCAUAGUGGCGGGAGGUGUUGGCAAUAUACUUGUGUGUUUGGCAGUGUGUUUGGAUAAGAGAUUGCAGAAUGUGACGAACUACUUCCUGUUAUCGUUGGCGAUAGCUGACUUGCUCGUCAGUCUGUUCGUCAUGCCGAUGGGAGCUAUUCCAGGAUUCUUAGGUUAUUGGCCGCUCGGCGUCGCGUGGUGCAACGUGUACGUGACGUGCGACGUGCUCGCGUGCUCGGCGAGCAUUAUGCACAUGUGCUUCAUAAGUAUCGGCAGGUACCUCGGUAUCAGAAACCCUUUGAAGAGCCGCCAUCACUCCACCAAGCGAGUGGUUGUAAUCAAGAUAGCGCUGGUCUGGUUGCUGAGUAUGUUUGUCUCAAGCUCAAUCACAGUUUUAGGUCUCAUAAACAGGACCAACAUAAUGCCGACGCCAGACCUGUGCGUGAUCAACAACCGACUGUUCUGGGUGUUCGGCUCGCUGGUCGCGUUCUACAUUCCGAUGCUGAUGAUGGUGGUGUCCUUCGCGCUGACGGUGCAGCUGCUGAAGAGCCAGGCGAGGCUGGCCGCCACCCCUGUACCGGGAGGAACGCAUAGGAGGCAAUGCGGUGGCUAUGAUAACGGGCAGCAGUGCGCGCGGCGGCUGGGGAGGAGUUCCCCGGAUCUCGAGUCACCAGGCGCCCGCGUGUCCAGGCAACUGACGUGGCGGGUCACUUCCUCUACCAGGGCACAGCGUAACAAAAUCGGCAUGAGCGUGUCCCAUCCACAACUAAGCUAUAUGAAUGGAUGCGGCAACGGCACGGGGUCCGCGUGCUCCAGACGGGGUCGCGACGUCGCCACGCAAACCCCUCCCAGCAUUGCUGCCGAGACGAGGAGAGCGAGGCUCAAGCCUUUGAAGCUAACUCUAGCGGCGCCAAAUGCUUUGUCUUUGAGGUUCCUAGCCAACCGUAAGAAGGACCGGUCGCUAUCAGCGAACGCCGUGGCAAACGAGCAGAAGGCCACGAAAGUCCUCGGCUUAGUGUUCUUCACGUUCGUGCUGUGCUGGGCACCGUUCUUUCUGCUCAACAUACUGUUUGCUUCAUGUCCGGCUUGUAUAGUACCAGAACACGUGGUGGACAUCUGCCUGUGGCUGGGCUAUGUGUCCUCCACCAUCAACCCCAUCAUCUACACAAUCUUCAACAGAACCUUCAGGGCGGCCUUCCUCAGGCUUUUGAGGUGUCACUGCAGCAGAAAAGGGCGUUGUACUCGCUACAGAUCGGUUGGGUCAACUCGUGGCGCAUCCCAGCUCUGUGCGCGGUCCGCCUUACCACUCGCGAUAUCGUUGAGACCGUCGGCGAUGCCUACCACCACGACACCAGCGCAAGAAACCACAGAGACAGUGCUUAUGGAGCCAGAUUUUAAACUGCGCUAUUAGAUUCAAUACUACCCUCUUUCUAGAAGGUAGUAUUGAAACUAUCGUCUAUUAUUGAAAUAGCUAUUAGGUUCUAUCCUCUUUGUAGUAUUGAAACUGCUACUGAAAACGACUAAUAUAAUUUGGCAAGUUCGUUGAUGACACUCCCAUGAUACCUAUGCGGGCGACGGGGGGAAAAUACUGCGUGGGUGUGAAGUCGUGC